AUGAACGACAACCCCGAAGACAGACAGACGAAGAUCCAUAUCUUUUGGAUGAUCUACAUGCUUGACAAGACGCUUUCGCUACGUUUGGGCCGCUCAAGUAUCCUCCAGGACUGGGACAUAUCGUUACCAUUUGUAGUAUCCAGCGACAAGCACGCCGAAUCAAGCGCCUUCUUGUCGUACUGGAUUAAGGUUGCGCGAGUCCAGGGCCUGACAUACGAGAAGCUAUUUUGCCCUGCCGCCUUUGCAAAAUCGACGGAAGAGCGCACGCGAAUCGCGAUCGAACUUGUCAACAGUCUUAACCAAGCCUGGUACGAGCGUGGGGAUGCGUCGAUCGUCGACUUUUCGCAGCAAGGCCAAACAUAUCAUCUCGGUACGCCGAGAUCGAACAAAAUAGGCAACAGUCCAAAUGAGACACCACUCCCGUCUCAAUACAAGCGCUAUGUGCACAAAUCUCUGGGUAAAGAAGGACCAGAAGUCAACGAAUACGUUCAGGGCUCUUUCGAGAGAGUCCAAGACAUCUUCUUCCACUCCGAUGUCGUCAUGCACUAUUCCACCUGUGCGCUCAUACAGCGCGCGGUCAGUCCAGGAAAUAUGAGCUUUAAUCAGGAGUGCCUCGAAUCCUCGAGAGCGGCCCUUGUCGCCCAUAUGAGGGCUAGUGCACAGUUCAACAAAAAGGGCCAGGAGGACUUCUGGUCGGGAUAUGUACACUGGUCGGUUCUUCAGGCACCGUUCACACCUUUCAUCGUGAUAUUCUGCCACUCCAUCCAAAAGGCCGAUACGUCCGACGUUGAGCCAGAUCUAAACUCCCUUUCCGAGUUUGUCGGCAGCCUGGAAUCUUGCCGCACGAUUUCCGAAGGCGCAGACAAGCUCUACAAGAUGUGCCAUCUUUUCCUACGAGUUGCCAGGCUCUACGUCACAGCUAAGAAACAGGAUGCUGCGUCAAGAUCACAGGGAAUUAUGCAAAAUAACCAGUCAGGGUAUUACACGACCGUUGAUGGCACGCAGCUGGACCUCAACGCAAUGUCUCAGUUCGAUCCGUAUCUUAGUGCGCUUGGAUUGAUGCCUGAUAUCGCAUGGCCCACGACAUAUCCCAACGCUUCGACUGCAGCCACAACGACCGCGUUUGAGCAAGGCGAGGCGAUGAAUAACAUGGAUGCCGUUGGUUCGUCAGGCUUCGGAUUUGGAGCGUCUCAGGGAAAUUCCAAUCCCAUGCAGGACUGGUUCUCCGGCUCACGCUACCUCAUGAACCUUAUGGAGCCAGGCGACGAUCUACAAAUGCCGGAUCUAGACCUUUAA